AUGACACGAACAACGCAGCUCGAAGACUUUGUUGUCAGUGAUCGAGGCGGUAUCGUCGAGAACCGACAUGGUGUCCAUGCCGCAGUGGUCGACGCCGAUGGCAAGCUCAUCUACGCUGUUGGCAACCCAUCCCGGCUGACUCUGGCUCGAUCCGCAGCAAAGCCAGCUCAAGCACUUGCCGUACUAGAAACGCCCGAUUUCUCAAAAUUCGGGUUCGACGAGGCCGAUAUUGCCUUGAUGUGCGCUUCUCACAACAGCGAGGACAGGCACAUCGACAGAGCCAGAUCUAUGUUAGAGAAAGUCGGGGCAUCCGAGUCCGACCUCCGUUGCGGUGGUCACCCUUCAAUCUGCCCAAACAUCAACCGAAAUUGGAUCAAGGCCGACUUUGAGCCGACAGGGAUCUAUAACAACUGCUCUGGAAAGCAUGCUGCCAUGCUCGGCGGUGGUCAUGCCAUAGGUGCCAAGUUUGCCGACUAUCAUCUCCCCCAACAUCCAAUCCAACUCAAAGUGAAGAGAGUUGUGGAGGAACUGAGUGGCCUUUCUGAACAAGACGUGAAAUGGGGAAUUGACGGUUGCAAUCUCCCUGCCCCCGGAUUGCCAUUGAAUUCCAUGGGACGCAUGUUUGCGAGGUUCGCGGCAGCUGCUGACGCAAUGGGCAACGACGGAACAUCUCCUUCUGAGCGGACAAGGCAUAUGGCUCGCAUUUUCAACGCAAUGGCCAAUCAUCCCGAGAUGGUCGGCGGUGAAGGACGCUUCUGCACGCUGUUGAUGGAAGCUUUUGAGGGAGCCCUCAUUGGAAAGGUGGGUGCAGAUGGCUGCUAUGGUGUUGGAAUUCGGAAGUCAGAGUAUACCAAACGACUUGGAGCUGAGGGAGCUGUUGGCAUUGCGGUCAAGAUCGAGGACGGUAGCUUGGAAAUUCUAUACGCAGUUGUUACCGAGAUCCUUGAGCAGUUAGACAUUGGUGCGCAGGAGAUGCGGCAGCAGCUGGCGGCUUUCCAUCAUCUGAAGAGACGUAAUACCAUGGGGGUAGAGACAGGACGAGUUUCGCUGGCCUUCGAGGUCAGAAAGGCCUAA